AUGGAAAAUGAUGGAAGCGAUGAUGAACGAGAAAAAUGGAAUAAGGAAAGAGAACGAGUAUUGGAUGAAUGGAGUGAGGUAAAUUUAAUUUUGAAAAUAAAAAUGAAUUAGAAUUAUGGAAAAAAUGAAUAAAAAUUGUGGAAAAAAUCGUGACGUAAAAAACAUUCGCUCAUUUCAAAAUUUCCCGCAUUUUCGAGACCCAAAAAAACUUGACGAAAUUCAACGCAAAAGUGAGAGAUUUAGAGACAAAUAUUUUUGAUCUACCACUGAAAAUGUUUCGAAAGUUUGGGGGUUAUACAUUUUCCUCAAAUAUUCGAAUAAUUUUCAAAAUUUUGAAAUUAAAAUGCAAAUGAAAUUAAAACGUGACUUUUCAACAAAAAAAACACGUGGACAUUUUUUGCUCAUUUUCGAAUUUUCAUUUCCCCCCGAGAGGUUUAGAGAAAAUAAUUUUUGGUUUCUAGAGAUAAACUAAGUUUUUUUCAGAUCGAAUUAAAAGGAAAAGAAGUCUUGACAAUGCCGGAUAUAAUAACCGAACCAGGAGUAUCUUCACUAACAUUCGAAACUCCAUUAGAAGAAUUAUACCCGCUUUUAGUUUCAAUCGAACAAUCAGAUCAACCAACUUCUUCAAAUCAAGAAUCCGAAGAACAAAAUCCAACAAUAACCACAUUUGAUCGGAUUAUGCAAAUAUGUUUAUGUCGACCAGCAAAAGCAUCAUCACAUCCACUCAUUUAUACACAUAAAACAUUGGCUGUGAAAUUAAGUCAGGGUAAGUUUGAAUUGAAUUGAAAAGUGAAGGGAAUUCUCUAAGGGCUUCAAAACAUGUCAGAAAUUUCGAAAUCUUUUUUUAGUUGGAUACGACAAUGAAAAUGGUACACAUUGGCUGAUUCUUUCGGAUUAUUUCCAAACAGUUUCACAAAUUGCAUUGAAUUCUUCAAACGUGAAUUGUCCACGUAUUGGUUCGCAUUGGCAAAUCGUCGGAUUUCAAGGCACGAAUCCAGCGACUGAUUUUAGAGGUUGUGGAAUUUUCGCACUUCUUCAAUUACAUUCUUUUACUCAACGUCUUCCUCAUAAUAUUCUCAAAGCAAUUGUUCAAUUAUCAAGAGCCGAACCAAAUGUGAGCAUUUUUCAGAAACUAUAAAUUUGAAUAAAAAAUUUGUUGCAGGAUUUUCCUUUGGCUGUUGUCUCAAUAAAUAUCACGGGUUUAAUAUUGGGAAAAUUGAAAAAGGAUAGAUUUGAUUUGUAAGUUUUUCUGAAAAAUAUAAUUUAUAAAGUAUUUAGUUUCAGAUUAGGUACACCAUCUAAUGGUCUUUAUCCAGUUCUUGUUUCAUUGCAUUCCGCGAGUCUUGCUUAUUUUUGUGCUCAAUACAAGUCGCAAAAUUUAACAUUGGCACAAUGCCAAACACUUCUUUCAGGUUAGUACUAUUGUAAACCUAAUUCUAAAUUCUUAAAUUCUUCCAGAAAUUGAUCAAAUGUUGGAAAAGUCUCCGAAUUCGCUAUUGUCACUUCUCGAAAAUAACAACGAUAAACUUAUUAAACAAUUAUUGUGA